UCAAGUCAGCAGUUUUCCUCCCUGCAUGAAUAUAUCUUUGGAACCGAGCACAGGUUGUUGACUUGGGGGGGGGUCAAACAGGUCCCCCCGCGUGAGCCGUGGUUAAUGAUAGACCUAAGGGUGGUUGUGCAAAUCAAACAAGAGAUAAAACUUAACACCAAAUAGCCCCCGAAGCGGUCGCACCACGCCGUUACAUAACCGCCGCGCCUCAAAUAAAGGCGGCCGCGUGCAGAAGCGGCGAGCGCAUCCAGCCGAGACGACCAUGCAGGAGGCCCACCUGAGACGCGACAGCCUGCUGCUGGCCCUGAGCAGCUACAACUCCGCCGCCGCGCGCAUGGAGCAGACGGUGCUGCUGCCCAGCCUGCUGAGGGACGUGCCCGCCGAGCAACCCCGGGCGGCGGCGGCGGCAGGGGACGAGGAGCUCGGCGGGGAUCUCUACGGCGACUACCUGAUGCUGAAAGCGGUGAAGAGCGUGGUGGAGAGCGGGCCGGUGCCCCCUGAGGACUGCAAGGCGUCCGAGGACAAGACCUCAGAUGCGCUGCUGGAGCCCGACGACGACCCGGAGAGCAUCCUCCGCUUCCACCUGAGCGGCCUUUUGUCCAUCAUGAGCCAGCUCACGCAGCGCAGUCAGAGGCUGACGCAGAAAUAUCUGGACAUCAUCGGCAUCCCCAUUUAAAUAAAAAAUGCUGUCAUUUUUCUCUUAAUUUAAUCAAAGUGUAUUUAUAUUAAUCCAUUUUGUGCUGGUGCUGCUCCCCCAACAAAGCACUGCAAAGUACUGGGCUCUGGCCAGACUGAAAAAAAGAUCUCCAACAGCUUCCUCAAGACUUAGACUUAGACAAACUUUAUUGAUCCAAAAGGGAAAUUUUUGUCAAUCCGGUUUAAGUCUUUUUGUGCUGGUGCUGCUCCCCCCAACAAAACACUGCAAAGUACUGGGCAGUGGCUACAAAAGACUGAAAAAAAGAUCUCCAACAUCUUUCUUCAACAAAAAGUGUCUGCUUGUUGUGUAUUUAUGAGAGAAUAAAACAUUC